UCUCUUGUCUGUCUCUCUCUCACUGGCUCGCUCUCACGGAGGCAGAGGGGAAGAUCGUGCUAAGAAGAUUAUUUUUUUCGCCAACUCGGUCGCAACAAUCGUCGCAUGAUCUGCUCAUUUCGUCGUCUUCUACGGCCCUGAUUCUCUGAUCCUGAUCUCUCUCACUUACUGUGGGAUGAUACUCGCUUUAUCAUGUAGUGUAUUGCUCAAGGUAGUGAGAAGUCAGAAUCUCUUGAUUUAUGAGAAGAGAUAAACUUGAUUGGUCUAAUCUAUUGCAACAGGUUUUUGGGAUUUUUUAGAUGUGCUCAUCCCCUGAAAAGUUUUCCCUUAAUGUUGAAAAGGAAGAGAAAGAUAUUACUGGUUCAAGUUUCCUAGCUAACUAUGAGAGCACCCUUCAGGAACUCGAAGACGUCUCUUCUUCAUCCUCUUCUUCAGAGGAUGAGUCUCUUGAGACAGAGGAUGAAGAUGAACAAUCUAAUGAGAAUGCCUCAAAACAGUUGGUGCUCUAUGACCCAUUAACUAAUGGUACAGGUGAAAUCGAACCUGUUCCUGACCCCAUUCAGUCCCAGACUCUAUUCCGGAGAUACUCAGCUCUGAAUUCAUCACCCAGAAUUUUGCCAUCUGUAGGGGCUUUCACUGUGCAGUGUGCUAGCUGUUUUAAAUGGAGGCUCAUCCCAACAAAGGAAAAGUAUGAAGCAAUACGUGAACAUAUUCUGGAGCAGCCUUUUUACUGUAAAACUGCUCGUGAGUGGCGGCCUGAUAUAUCGUGUGAUGAUCCAACAGACAUUUCUCAGGAUGACAGUAGGCUCUGGGCAAUUGAUAAGCCUAAUAUUGCGCUGCCCCCUCCUGGGUGGCAAAGGCUGCUACGGAUCAGAGGUGAAGGAAGCACCAAGUUUGCAGACAUAUAUUAUCAGGCGCCAUCAGGCAAGAAACUACGCUCAAUGGUGGAGAUCCAAAAGUACUUGCUGGAACAUCCGGAGUAUAUGAGCGAUGAUGUAUCUCUCUCACAAUUUUCAUUUCAAAUCCCAAAACCUUUGCAGGAAAAUUAUGUGAGAAAGCGUCCUCCUCAGCUGAAAGCUUCACAUGUCACUAGACCUCUUGAACCUGGUGAAGCGAGUCCUCUGGCUUUGAUGGGUCCGGACGACUGUCCAGACUCCCAGCUUAUUCAACCGGGGCUGCCUCCUAACUUCGAGGACCCAGUUUUUGAUCCUGUUGGUCGUCCUGCGAAGAAGCGAUCUAGGGCCCCCAGAGAAGGAGAUGUACAUAGUAGUAAUCAAAAGUAUAAUCAGUACGUGUAAUCAGGGUUGAGUGCUUUUUCAAUCUUGCAAUACUACUUGACGAUCCCGAGGGUUGGUCCAGAUAGUUUUGUUUUCCCCCGCAUCGGUGGAUUCUAUGUUUCCAGACAACAAAAGGAGGGAUUUUUGAGUAAGAUGAAGUAGAAUAGGUCAGAUAGGAGUUUAAGUGAUGGUUUUGGAAGCUUGGUGUCUGGACUGUAUGAACAUGUAUAAAAGUUUAGUUUACUGCAUAAUAUUGGAUCCAAGAUCAA